GGUAAAUGUCAGCGUUGUUUGCGACUUUUCUUUCAGCGCACAAAGUCUCAGCUUUGACUGCAGCCGCAACGCGUUUGAAUGCUAGCUGGCUAGCAUUAGCACAGCGGCUAACUUCAGCUAGCCCGUGUGUUGAUAUGUUUCAUUUUGGAGGCGCUCAAGACGUCCUGCAGGAGAAUCACACGACAUAGCAGCCACAGAGAAGACACAAGAAGGAGGAGGAGGAGGUGGUGGUGGUCCACUGUGGUUGUUGGUGUUUUUGUUGUUUUUACUGUAACACAGACCUCACACAAACCGCUUUGAGACACCUGCUGCACACAGUUAUCCAGCCUGUGUUUCCUCCUGCUCUUGGGUGGCAGUGAACUAAAAAAGAUGGACCAAAACAACAGUAUACCAGCCUUUCAGGGGCUGGCCUCGCCUCAGGGUGCCAUGACCCCAGGCAUGCCAAUCUUCAGUCCCAUGAUGCCGUAUGGCUCAGGCCUGACACCACAGCCCGUCCAAAACACCAACAGUUUGUCUAUACUGGAGGAGCAGCAGAGACAACAGCAGCAGCAGCAACAGCAACAACAGGCACAGCAGGCAAACGCAGGCCUUCCUGGAACAUCGGGGCAGACCCCACAGCUUUUCCAUUCCCAGGCGGUAACAGGCUCGACCACCACAGCACUGCCGGGGAAUACCCCGCUCUACAAUACCCCGCUGACCCCCAUGACCCCUAUCACACCAGCCACACCAGCCUCAGAGAGCUCUGGAAUCGUUCCACAGCUACAAAACAUCGUGUCUACUGUAAAUCUGGGCUGUAAACUGGACUUGAAGACCAUCGCACUGAGAGCCAGAAAUGCAGAGUACAACCCAAAGCGUUUUGCUGCAGUCAUCAUGAGAAUACGAGAGCCCAGGACUACUGCCCUCAUCUUCAGCUCUGGGAAGAUGGUCUGCACUGGAGCCAAGAGUGAGGAGCAAUCGAGGUUAGCUGCCAGAAAAUACGCUCGUGUGGUGCAGAAGCUCGGGUUUCCUGCUAAGUUCCUGGACUUCAAGAUUCAGAACAUGGUUGGAAGCUGCGACGUAAAGUUUCCCAUCAGGCUGGAGGGAUUAGUCCUUACACAUCAACAGUUUAGCAGCUAUGAACCGGAGCUGUUUCCAGGACUGAUUUAUCGAAUGAUCAAACCCAGAAUCGUCCUGCUCAUCUUUGUUUCUGGGAAAGUUGUGCUCACAGGUGCCAAGGUGAGAGCAGAGAUCUAUGAAGCGUUUGAAAACAUCUACCCCAUCCUAAAAGGCUUCCGCAAGACGACGUAGAACCAGGUCUCCUUCUCUUCCCCUGCUCGUCUCUUUUUAUUUUUUCAUUUCUAAUCACAUGAAGAGUCAUCUAUAUGUUGACCUCUACAAGUGGACUGCUGUAAGGGCUGUUAUACAGGGAUG